AAGAAAUAUGAGUGAGGUCCUUCUAUUUCCGCGUCUGGGACGAGCAGUGGUGUUUUCAGCGUCUGGUUUGAACGGUUAAAAAAAUGCAGGACCCUAAUGCAGAUACCGAGUGGAAUGACAUCCUGAGAAAGAAGGGGGUCCUUCCUCCCAAAGAGAAAACUCAGGAUGAGGUUGAGGAGGAAGCUCUAGAGAAGCAGAUAGUUCUUGAGCAGUCAUCUGUUGUGAAAACCUAUGAGAGCAUGACUCUGGACGAGAUGGAUGAGAACGAGGAUGACUUCAGUGAAGAGGACGAGGCCGCCGUCGAGAUGUACAGACAGAAGAGGCUUGCAGAAUGGAAAGCCACCCAGAUAAAGAAUUGCUUCGGUGAAGUAGUGGAGAUAUCUGGGCAGGACUACAUCAAGGAGGUGAACAAAGCUGGAGAGGGAAUCUGGGUCGUGCUCCAUCUCUACAAACAGGGAGUACCUCUGUGUACCCUGAUAAACCAGCAUCUAUCAGAGCUGGCCAGGAAGUUCCCCCAGACCAAGUUCCUCAAGUCCAUCUCCACCACCUGCAUCCCCAACUACCCCGACCGCAACCUGCCCACAAUCUUUGUCUACCACGAGGGAGAGAUGAAGGCACAGUACAUCGGGCCUCUGGUCUUCGGAGGCAUGAACCUCAAAGUUGAAGAGCUGGAGUGGAGGUUAUCGGAAUCUGGCGCUGUCAAGACAGACCUGGAAGAAAACCCCAAGAAGCAGAUUGAAGACAAGCUAAUGUCGUCGAUUCGAUCCACUCUCCCCACACGGAAAGACAGUGACUCAGAAGAAGAGAACUAGCCCCCUAACCUCCAAAUAACAUUAAUCUAAUGCUCCACUGUCACUGAAUGGGGAUGGCUCUCUCCUGUGGUUAUGUAUUAAAAUGCACACCUCUUCCUAUGCUUACCGCAGAAAGGCUCCAUCAGAGUUCUAUGCCUUCCCGGUUAAAGGAUCUCUUGUGUUAAGUGAUCAUUCUUCUAAAUCAGAUCGGACUCUUCAAUAGGGUUUCUACAGAACCUUUGGUUGAAGAUUGUAUUUAUUUUGCAUAUACAUUUUAUAAUAUGACAAUAAAAAUGUAUACAUCUAAUUGUUAAAUUAAAUGUAAGUAGCCAUUCACCCAUGCCGUAAUCACAGUUGACAGUUUUUUAAAUAAAGUGUUCGCUGUGAUCUGUGUAACCAUCACAUGAAGGACUGCUUUGGCUAUAUUUGACUCUUGUGUAUGUUCACUGUUCUGAUAGCGAUGUACUUAAUGCCUGUAUGUGUAAUUGCCACCUCAUUUUAAAUCACAACAUAUUUAUGUUCACCAAUGGUAAUCAGGAAGACACUUUACAUUCUGCAAUGCAGUCACAUUUAUCUUCAUUUAUUUCUUAAAAAUAUCAAGUCCAUUGCCAGCGAGAGCUGAGAAUGCUGCUUCUGUCUGUCCACCAUUUUGUGUUCAGGGGUAUGCAGCUUGCUGGUGUCUGCCUUCCAGUUAUUGCACAGUCAGAUUUUUACAUCACACCUUCAGGGAGAUCCCGGAGCUUCUGUGUAACAGGGAAGAGCGAGAGCCUCAGUUAUAGUUUUGGUACAUUUGAAUUGUCUUCCUUAAAAUAAUGGUCCUAACACCAGUCUGGGGAUGCUAAAUGGUCCGAGGUUCCAUAUACUGUGUGUCUUAAAUAAAUUUAUGUAU